AUGUCAUACGAUAAUUAUCAACAACAUCCUCAUCAACAAAUACCACCUCAUACCAACAAUGAUGGUGGUAGUAGUGGAGGAGAUGGUUAUUAUCAACAACCUCAAUAUGAUCAAGAUCCCUAUUAUAAUCAAGAAUACAAUCAUCAACAACAACCAUAUGAUAUGAAUCAACAACAACAUUAUCAAGAUUCUUAUCAAGAUCAAUAUGGAAAUAAUAUGCAUCAACAACAACAACCACAUCAAAUGAAUAAUCAAGGUUAUAACGCUGAUCCAGAAGCUUUUAGUGAUUUCAGUUAUGGUGGUCCAACUCCUGGAACUCCUGGUUAUGAUCAAUAUGGUACUCAAUACACUCCUUCACAAAUGUCAUAUGGUGAUAAUCAACAAAGAUCUUCUGGUGCUUCUACUCCAAUGUAUGGUGGUGUACCAGGUGGUUAUGAUCCAACUCAAUUUCAAUUAUCAUCAAAUUUACCUUAUCCUGCAUGGUCAGCUGAUCCACAAGCUCCAAUAAAAAUUGAACAUAUUGAAGAUAUUUUUAUUGAUUUAACAAAUAAAUUUGGGUUUCAAAGAGAUUCAAUGAGAAACAUGUUUGAUUAUUUUAUGACUUUAUUAGAUUCAAGAAGUUCAAGAAUGAGUCCUGCUCAAGCUUUAUUAAGUUUACAUGCUGAUUAUAUUGGUGGUGAUAAUGCAAAUUAUAGAAAAUGGUUUUUUUCAUCACAACAAGAUUUAGAUGAUAGUUUAGGUUUUGCAAAUAUGACUUUAGGAAAAAUUGGUAGAAAAGCAAGAAAAGCUUCUAAAAAAUCUAAAAAGGCAAGAAAAGCAGCUGAAGAACAUGGACAAGAUGUUGAUGCAUUAGCUAAUGAAUUAGAGGGAGAUUAUUCACUCGAAGCGGCAGAAAUUAGAUGGAAAGCUAAAAUGAAUGUUUUAACUCCUGAAGAAAGAGUUAGAGAUAUUGCAUUAUAUUUAUUAUUAUGGGGUGAAGCAAAUCAAGUUAGAUUUACUCCAGAAUGUUUAUGUUAUAUUCAUAAAUCAGCAUCUGAUUAUUUAAAUUCUCCAUUAUGUCAACAAAGACAAGAACCAGUACCAGAAGGUGAUUAUCUUAAUAGAGUCAUUACACCAUUAUAUAGAUUUUUAAGAUCUCAAGUUUAUGAAGUUUAUGAAGGUAGAUUUGUUAAAAGAGAAAAAGAUCAUAAUAAAGUUAUUGGUUAUGAUGAUGUUAAUCAAUUAUUUUGGUAUCCAGAAGGUAUUUCAAGAAUUAUGUUUAAUGAUGGUACAAGAUUAGUUGAUAUACCACAAGAAGAAAGAUAUUUAAGAUUAGGAGAAGUUGAAUGGACAAAUGUAUUUUUUAAAACUUAUAAAGAAAUUAGAACAUGGUUACAUUUUGUAACAAAUUUUAAUAGAAUUUGGAUUAUUCAUGGUACAAUUUAUUGGAUGUAUACUGCUUAUAAUUCACCAACUUUAUAUACCAAAAAUUAUGUUCAAACUAGAAAUAAUCAACCAUUAGCUUCAUCAAGAUGGGCUGCAUGUGCAAUUGGUGGUGUUUUAGCUGCUUUCAUUCAAAUUUGGGCUACUAUUUUUGAAUGGAUGUUCGUUCCAAGAGAAUGGGCAGGUGCUCAACAUUUAACUAGAAGAUUAAUGUUUUUAAUUUUAAUAUUUUUAGUCAAUUUGGCUCCAGUUGUUUAUACUUUUAAAAUCACUAAAUUAGUAUUAUAUUCCAAAUCUGCAUUAGCUGUUUCCAUUGUUGGAUUUUUCAUUGCAAUUGUUACAUUAGUAUUUUUCGCAGUUAUGCCAUUAGGUGGAUUAUUUACUUCAUAUAUGAAUAAAAGAUCAAGAAGAUAUAUUUCAUCACAAACUUUUACUGCUAAUUUUAUUAAAUUAAGAGGUUUAGAUAUGUGGAUGUCAUAUUUAUUAUGGUUUUUAGUUUUCCUUGCAAAAUUAACCGAGUCAUAUUUCUUUUUAACUUUAUCAUUAAGAGAUCCAAUUAGAAAUUUAUCAACUAUGACUAUGAGAUGUGUUGGUGAAGUUUGGUAUGGUGAUGUUGUCUGUAGACAACAAGCUAAAAUUGUUUUGGGUUUAAUGUACUUGGUUGAUUUACUUUUGUUCUUUUUAGAUACUUAUAUGUGGUACAUUAUUUGUAACUGUAUUUUUUCAAUUGGUCGUUCAUUUUAUUUAGGUAUUUCAAUUUUAACACCAUGGAGAAAUAUUUUUACAAGAUUACCAAAAAGAAUUUAUUCCAAGAUUUUAGCAACUACAGAAAUGGAAAUUAAAUAUAAACCAAAAGUUUUAAUUUCACAAAUUUGGAAUGCUAUUGUUAUUUCAAUGUAUAGAGAACAUUUAUUAGCUAUUGAUCAUGUUCAAAAAUUAUUAUAUCAUCAAGUUCCAUCUGAAAUUGAAGGUAAAAGAACUUUAAGAGCUCCAACUUUUUUCGUUUCACAAGAUGAUAAUAAUUUUGAAACUGAAUUUUUCCCAAGAAAUUCAGAAGCUGAAAGAAGAAUUUCUUUCUUUGCUCAAUCAUUAGCUACUCCAAUUCCUGAACCAUUACCAGUUGAUAAUAUGCCAACUUUUACUGUAUUCACUCCACAUUAUUCCGAAAAGAUUUUAUUAUCAUUAAGAGAAAUUAUUAGAGAAGAUGAUCAAUUUUCAAGAGUUACAUUAUUAGAAUAUUUGAAACAAUUACAUCCAGUUGAAUGGGAAUGUUUUGUUAAAGAUACCAAGAUUUUAGCUGAAGAAACUGCUGCAUAUGAAAAUAAUGAUGAUUCAAAUGAAAAAUUAUCAGAAGAUGGAUUAAAAUCCAAGAUUGAUGAUUUACCAUUCUAUUGUAUUGGUUUUAAAUCUGCUGCUCCAGAAUAUACUUUAAGAACAAGAAUUUGGGCAUCUUUAAGAUCCCAAACUUUAUACAGAACAGUUUCAGGUUUUAUGAAUUAUGCAAGAGCUAUUAAAUUAUUAUACAGAGUUGAAAAUCCAGAAUUAGUUCAAUAUUUUGGUGGUGAUCCAGAAGGUUUAGAAUUAGCAUUAGAAAAAAUGGCAAGAAGAAAAUUCAGAUUCUUAGUUUCUAUGCAAAGAUUAUCAAAAUUUAAAGAUGAUGAAAUGGAAAAUGCUGAAUUUUUAUUACGUGCUUACCCAGAUUUACAAAUUGCAUUUUUGGAUGAAGAACCUGCAUUAAAUGAAGAUGAAGAACCAAGAGUAUAUUCCGCAUUGAUUGAUGGUCAUUGUGAAAUGUUAGAAAAUGGUAGAAGACGUCCAAAAUUCAGAGUUCAAUUAUCUGGUAAUCCAAUUUUAGGUGAUGGUAAAUCUGAUAAUCAAAAUCAUGCUAUUAUUUUCCAUAGAGGUGAAUAUAUUCAAUUAAUUGAUGCAAAUCAAGAUAAUUAUUUAGAAGAAUGUUUGAAAAUUAGAUCUGUUUUAGCUGAAUUUGAAGAAUUAAAUGUUGAACAUGUUAAUCCAUAUGCACCAAAUUUGAAAACUGAAGAUCCAACUGCUAAAAAAGAUCCUGUUGCUAUAUUAGGUGCAAGAGAAUAUAUUUUCUCUGAAAAUUCAGGUGUUUUAGGUGAUGUUGCAGCUGGUAAAGAACAAACUUUUGGUACAUUAUUCGCAAGAACUUUAGCUCAAAUUGGUGGUAAAUUACAUUAUGGUCAUCCUGAUUUUUUAAAUGCUACUUUUAUGUUAACAAGAGGUGGUGUUUCAAAAGCUCAAAAGGGUUUACAUUUAAAUGAAGAUAUUUAUGCUGGUAUGACUGCAAUGAUGAGAGGUGGUAAAAUCAAACAUUGUGAAUAUUAUCAAUGUGGUAAAGGUAGAGAUAUGGGUUUUGGAUCAAUUUUAAAUUUCACAACUAAAAUUGGUGCAGGUAUGGGUGAACAAAUGUUGAGUAGAGAAUAUUAUUAUUUAUCAACUCAAUUACCAUUAGAUAGAUUUUUAUCUUUCUAUUAUGGUCAUCCAGGUUUCCAUAUUAAUAAUUUAUUUAUUCAAUUAUCAUUACAAGUAUUUAUUUUGGUAUUAGCUAAUUUAAAUUCAUUAGCUCAUGAAUCAAUUAUUUGUUCUUAUGAUAGAGAUGUUCCAGUUACUGAUGUUUUAUAUCCAUAUGGUUGUUAUAAUUUAGCACCAGCAGUUGAUUGGGUUAGACGUUAUACAUUAUCCAUUUUCAUUGUUUUCUUUAUUUCUUUUAUUCCAUUAGUUGUUCAAGAAUUAAUUGAAAGAGGUGUAUGGAAGGCUUUCCAAAGAUUUGUUAGACAUUUUAUUUCAUUAUCACCAAUGUUUGAAGUUUUCGUUGCUCAAAUUUAUUCAUCAUCUGUUUUCACUGAUUUAACAGUUGGUGGUGCAAGAUAUAUUUCAACUGGUAGAGGUUUUGCAACUUCAAGAAUUCCAUUUUCAAUUUUAUAUUCAAGAUUUGCUGAUUCUUCAAUUUAUAUGGGUGCAAGAUUAAUGUUAAUUUUAUUGUUUGGAACUGUUGCACAUUGGCAAGCUCCAUUAUUAUGGUUUUGGGCUUCAUUAUCAUCAUUAAUGUUUUCACCUUUUAUUUUCAAUCCACAUCAAUUUGCAUGGGAAGAUUUCUUUAUUGAUUAUAGAGAUUUUAUAAGAUGGUUAUCAAGAGGUAAUACUAAAUGGCAUAGAAAUUCAUGGAUUGGUUACAUAAGACUUUCAAGAUCAAGAGUUACUGGGUUCAAAAGAAAAUUAGUUGGUGAUGUUUCAGAAAAAGCUGCUGGUGAUGCUUCAAGAGCUCAUAGAUCAAAUAUUUUCUUUGCUGAUUUUAUUCCUUGUUUAAUUUAUACUGCAGGUUUAUUUGUUGCUUAUACUUUUAUAAAUGCUCAAACUGGUGUUACUACAUAUCCAUAUGAAAUUGAUGGAUCAACUGCUGCACAACCAGUUAAUUCAGUAUUAAGAUUAGUUAUAUGUGCAUUAGCUCCAGUUGUUAUUGAUUGUGGUGCUUUAGCAGUUUGUGUUGGAAUGGCAUGUUGUGCAGGACCAAUGUUAGGAUUAUGUUGUAAAAAAACUGGUGCAGUUAUUGCCGGAGUUGCUCAUGGUAUUGCAGUUAUAGUUCAUAUUGUUUUCUUUAUUGUUAUGUGGGUAACUGAAGGUUUUAGUUUUGCAAGAAUGUUAUUAGGUUUAGCAACUAUGAUUUAUGUUCAAAGAUUAUUAUUUAAAUUUUUAACAUUAGCUUGUUUAACAAGAGAAUUUAAAAAUGAUAAAGCAAAUACUGCUUUCUGGACUGGUAAAUGGUAUAAUACUGGUAUGGGAUGGAUGGCAAUGACUCAACCAGCAAGAGAAUUUGUUGCUAAAAUUAUUGAAAUGUCUGAAUUUGCAGCUGAUUUUAUGUUAGCUCAUGUUAUUUUAUUCUGUCAAUUACCAAUAUUAUUUGUUCCAUUAGUUGAUAGAUGGCAUUCAAUGAUGUUAUUUUGGUUAAAACCUUCAAGAUUAAUCAGACCACCAAUUUAUUCAUUAAAACAAGCAAGAUUAAGAAAAAGAAUGGUUAGAAAAUAUUGUGUAUUAUAUUUUACAGUAUUAGUUUUAUUUGCUGUAAUUAUUAUUGCACCAGCAGUUGCUUCAGGACAAGUUAAAGUUGAUAUUUUUGCAAAUAUUGGUAGUAAAGGAUCAAUUGCUUAUGGUUUAUUCCAACCAAGAAACGUUUCACAUAAUGAUACUGGUAAUAAUAGACCACAUUCUUAUACUUGGUCUUAUUUGAGUACAAGAAUGACUGGUAGAACUACUGCAUAUUCAACUAAUCCAUUUAAAUAA